UUCUUCACUUGAUUACAUUACAGACUUGCGUAAUUUCGGAAUCAGUAACUUUGCACAGCAAAUCUUCUGUGUCGAAGUUUCUAAAGGGAAGAGAAACAAAUAAAAGCAUGGAGACUACUAAUUCCGGCCGCUGGUCGGAGCUCCCUAUAGACAUCUUGAGAUCUGUGUUCGAACGUUUCAGUUUUGUGGAUUUUCACCGCGCUAAGAUCGUGUGUUCGAAUUGGUAUUCGUGUUCCAAACAAUCGUUGCUACGAAAAACCGGAUCUCCGUGGUUGAUUCUGUUUUUAAACGAUGGUGGUUGUGCUAUGUACAACCCGGAUGAAGCAAGAAUUUACAGAACGAAGAGAGGCUUUUCCGGGAUUCGAUUCUUGGCAAACUCAGGUAACUGGUUCUUAGUUCUAGAUUCUAAGUCCAAUAUCUAUAUCAUAGAUUUGUUUAGCGAGAAAAAGAUCGAUCUUCCACCUCUAGAGUCAAUGAAGGGUGGCCUUUUUAGUCUUGAGCAAGUAGGAGACACGGCAUUCAAGGCGAGAUUAAAUAAUGGUAGUGCAUAUUCAUUCCAUAAUGCGGAAGAUCUGAGAGGUCUUUUGUGGGUAGACGAGAAGAAGAAAGAAUUCGUUGUUGUGUGGUUUUUCGACAAAGGUACCGAAUAUUUAGCCUUUUGCAAGAACGGGGAAGAUCAUUACCGCGACAUUCCGAUACGAAAAAAUGUUGGUAAAGAGUUACAAGGCUUAUAUGAUAUGGUACUUUAUGGUGGUGACAGUCUUUACAUCUCAACCACUCGUCAAUCGAUUCAAAAGCUUAACUUUUUUGGACAAGAAGGUUUCAUUGAUGUCUCCAACAGUGAGAUAUUACCAUUUCGUAAAAUCUCAUUUUAUCUCCCAGAUGGAGCAAGAUUUGGCAAUAACAUUGCUGUUACAAUAUCAGGAGAGGUUUUGUUGGUUCAGAACUUCUUUUACGAGGCAACAAGAUAUAGGAGCUUCCGUCUGUACAAGAAAGAUCCUAAUCCAGAUUUGAAUACUAUUAUCAACAACCCGUACCCGAUGGUUGAGGUAUAUUCUCUAGGUGAUGAGGCUCUGCUUCUAGAUUUGGGUAUCACCGUGUCUGCGGACGGUACAUUACUUGGUAUCGCACGGAACUCCAUCUACUUCACCCGUCAUGACCGUGUCCGUAGUGGCUGGAAACAUUCAUGUCUGGACAUCUGUGUGUUCAAUCUUGCAACAAAGAAACUCAAACGCUUCCCGGGUCUCUCCAACUUAAAGCUCACGGAUGCUCGAUGGUUUAUCCCGUCUUGAUUUGUUUCUUUUUCAUCCUUUGUGGUGUUCUUGAGAGUUUCCACACAUUAUUUUUAUGUUUAGGUUUCGGUUAAUAUUAGGGUUCUCGGUUUUUCAAGUUUCAGUCAAAUUCGUAUUGUUGAUAUUUGGGUUUGUUUUGUCUCGUUGAUAUUCAUGUUAGACUUUAAAUCUGUGUGUUCAUGCCUGGA